GAACCCGGGCGUCGCUCGGGCUGGCUGUCACCUUCCGAAAGCCGCCUGUGGUAGAGGCGCCUGAAAUGCAGAGCACGGGCCGCUGAGUCGCGCCGCCGGGCACGGCUUCGGCGCUUAGGAGCUCAGCCCCCUAAGCUCGGGCCCCAGACUCAGGCAGAUCAUCUAAUAGGACCCAGUCCUGCAGACAUGUUUCCUUUGAAGGAUGCUGACAUGGGUGCCUUUACCUUCUGUGCCUCGGCACUCCCACAUGAUGUUUGUGGGAGCAACGGACUUCCUCUCACACCAAAUUCCAUCAAAAUUUUAGGUCGCUUUCAAAUCCUUAAGACCAUCACCCAUCCCAGACUGUGCCAAUAUGUGGAUAUUUCUAGGGGAAAGCAUGAAAGACUGGUGGUGGUGGCUGAGCACUGUGAGCGGAGUUUGGAAGACCUGCUUCGGGAAAGGAAGCCUGUGAGUUAUACAAAGGUUUUGUGCAUAGCAUUUGAGGUACUUCAGGGCUUACAGUACUUGAACAAGCAUGGCAUAGUCCACCGGGCACUGUCUCCUCAUAACAUCCUGUUGGAUCGAAAGGGUCAUGUUAAACUGGCUAAAUUUGGACUUUAUCACAUGACAGCUCAUGGUGAUGAUGUUGAUUUCCCAAUAGGCUAUCCGUCAUAUCUGGCACCUGAGGUAAUUGCACAAGGAAUUUUCAAAACUACUGAUCAUGUGCCAAGUGAAAAACCAUUGCCUUCUGGCCCCAAAUCAGAUGUAUGGUCUCUUGGAAUAAUUUUAUUUGAGCUUUGUGUGGGAAGAAAAUUGUUUCAGAGCUUGGAUAUUUCUGAAAGACUAAAAUUUUUACUUACUUUGGGCUGUGUGGAUGACACUAUAACAGUUCUGUCUGAGGAACACGGCUGUCUGGACAUUAUUAAGGAACUUCCUGAAAAUGUGAUAAAUAUUUUGAAGAAGUGCCUCACCUUCCAUCCUUCUAAGAGGCCAACUCCAGAUGAAUUAAUGAAGGACCAGGUGUUCAGUGAAGUGUCACCUUUAUACACCCCCUUUAUCAAACCUGCCAGUCUGUUUUCAUCUUCUCUGCGAUGUGCUGACUUAACUUUGCCUGAGGAUAUUGAUGACUUAUGUAAAGAAGAUACAGACAGUGAUCACCUGGCAGAGAGAUCUAUUGAGGAGGUUUACUACCUGUGGUGUUUGGCUGGAGGUGACCUGGAGAAGGAGCUUACAAACAAGGAAAUUAUUCGAUCCAAACCACCUAUCUGCACACUUCCGAAUUUUCUCUUUGAAGAUGGUGAAAGUUUUGGGCAAGAUCGAGAUAGAAGCUCACUCUUAGAUGAUACCACUGUGACAUUGUCCUUAUGCCAGCUAAGAAAUAGAUUAAAAGAUGUUGGAGGAGAAGCAUUUUAUCCAUUACUUGAAGAUGACCAGUCGAAUUUACCUCAUUCAAACAGCAAUAAUGAAUUAUCUGCAGCUGCUACCCUGCCUUUAAUCAUCAGAGAGAGGGAUACGGAAUAUCAACUAAACAGAAUUGUUCUCUUCGACAGGCUACUGAAGGCUUAUCCAUAUAAAAAAAAUCAAAUCUGGAAAGAAGCAAGAGUUGACAUCCCUCCACUUAUGAGGGGUUUAACCUGGGCUGCUCUUCUGGGAGUGGAGGGAGCUAUUCAUGCCAAGUAUGAUGCAAUUGACAAAGACACGCCAAUCCCCACAGAUAGACAAAUUGAAGUGGAUAUUCCUCGCUGUCAUCAGUAUGAUGAACUGUUAUCAUCCCCAGAAGGUCAUGCAAAGUUCCGGCGUGUACUGAAAGCUUGGGUAGUUUCUCAUCCUGAUCUUGUGUACUGGCAAGGUCUUGACUCACUUUGCGCUCCAUUUCUAUAUCUGAAUUUCAACAAUGAAGCCUUAGCUUAUGCAUGCAUGUCUGCUUUUAUUCCCAAGUACCUGUAUAACUUCUUCUUGAAAGACAACUCACAUGUAAUACAAGAGUACCUGACUGUGUUCUCUCAGAUGAUUGCGUUCCACGAUCCAGAGCUGAGUAAUCAUCUCAACGAGAUUGGCUUCAUUCCUGAUCUCUACGCCAUCCCUUGGUUUCUUACCAUGUUCACUCAUGUAUUUCCACUGCACAAAAUUUUCCACCUCUGGGAUACAUUAUUACUUGGAAAUUCCUCUUUCCCAUUCUGCAUUGGAGUAGCCAUCCUUCAGCAGCUGCGGGACCGGCUUUUGGCUAAUGGCUUCAAUGAAUGCAUCCUUCUCUUCUCUGACUUACCAGGACUCAGCCAUUUGUCUUCAACUGAUGGAGAGUAAAUAAAGACCACUCAGGAAGGUGUUUGAGAAUGUGUUUAUAUAAGGAUGGUAUGUAUUCACAUGGAACUUUGCUCCCUUCUGGCCACAGCUGCUUCAUAACAGCUUGACAGCUUAAGAAAAGGAAACACUGUCCUUUUAGGAAAACAAGUCAAACGCUACAGAAAUAUGUUAUGUAAUAGAAGAUAGUGACUGGGCUGUGUAAGGUUUUCACAAGGGGAACUUUGAAACCCUUGGGCAGAAUGUUUGGAUUCAAAACUACAGAAGACAACUAUGGCUUGAUUCCUGAUGCUGCAAAGUAAAGUUUAUGUGGCUAUCUAAGGUGUAAUAUAUCUAUAAAGUGGGGAAAGCUGCUUUGUGAAGAAACUAAAUGUUUUUAAGAUACAGAAUUUGAAUUGAAGAGAAGACUCAGCAGUUAAGAGCACUUGUUGAUCUUGCAGAGGACCCAGAUGUGGUUUCCAGCACUCACAUGGUGGCUAACAUCCAUCUGUAACUCCAGUUCUAAAGGAUCUAAUGCCCUCCUCGUGCCUCUGUGGGCACCUAGCACACAUGUGGCACACCAACAUACAUGCAAACAGACACUCAGAGACAUAAAAUAUAAAAUAAAUAAAUCCUUUUUAAAAAUAUGCAAAUUUUACUUUUUCACAGCAAAUUUCUGGUACCAUGCUUUUUGCUGGUUCUACUUCUGCUCUCCAUAUUUUCAGGCAGGAACAAGAGUGUAAUAGCAAGCACACAUAAAACUGUCCAAGAUAAAGUCCCUGAACACCAAGCAAAAUACUCAUAACCAUACAUACUUUGAGAUUAUGUCCUUAUUAAGUACUUUCAAGACAAUUAAGGAAUCUGCCAUCUACCUUUGCUUAUUAUAGUUAGUGUGUGUUUUCUGAUCUACUGUCUUUUUGUUAAAGGUCUUCAUCCUUUGAGGGGGAAAAAAACAAAAUAAAAUGCCUUGAAAUAAUUUGAAACUCACCCUACUUUCUUUUCCAUGAAUUAAAAUGUCAUCCGAUUCAUUAAAUUUUAAUUUGUUAUAUUAACAAA